AUGGGAUCUAAAACCAUUGCACCUUUCAUGUCCACAAAGUGCCAUGCGCACACAGAUGAAACGGAUAUUUGCAGAUGGACGACUGUUGGUAAAGAAGCCUUGGAUAACGAAUCAAAUGGAUUUGGUGUCGUUAUGAUGGGUGGUGGAGAAGGAUCCAGGUUGGGAUGCAAGGGGCCAAAGGGACUAUUUGUCGUUGAUAGGAAGACCAAUCUCUUCGAUGUCCACAUGGAGAAACUGAAACAACUCAAAGGAAGAGUCAAGGCAUUGAUCUACCUGUUUUUCAUGACCAGUGCGUUUACGAGAGAGAAAACAGAAGAUUUUGUUAAGGAAUUCUUUGGAACGAGAAAAGUGACUGAUUACUGCACUGAUUAUGAGAUCAUUGUACAGGGCAAUAUGCCAAUACUCGACUUGGAAGGUAACACCAUUGGUGAUUUCAAUAGCCCCAAUGGGAAUGGCGGUGUCUAUAUUCCACUUCGUGAAGCAGCUCAUUUCUCAAAAUGCCAGUAUUUCAACUUAUUUUCAGUAGACAAUAUUGCAGCCACAUUCUUCGAGGAAUCAAUUCUGGGCUGUAUGAUUGAUCAGAAGUAUGACGUAUUAAAUCAGGCUGUGAAUCCAAAUAAGGGUGAGAAAGUAGGUGCAUUCACGUUCAGAGACGACCAAAGUGUAGUAAUCGAGGAAUAUGACCCAAGCAGUGGCAUGGUGGACACAAAGGACGUAAUGGGAAACAUAUGCAACCACAUGCUGACAGGUGAAUUCAUCAAAUCAAUCGACGUAUCAAAAAUGGAAAUCCACAAGGCAGAGAAGUCACCAAAAGAAGGAAUGGAAGGCCAUUCAAAGAUUGUGAAGCAAGAACUAUUUGUCUUCGACUGUUUCGACCAGUCUAAUCGUGUAGGCGUCUAUUGCGUAGACAGAGAGACGCACUUUGUGCCACUUAAGAGCGAAGCAGACGUGAAACCAAUGAAGACGUGGUUCCUCAACUCCGGUAUCUUUAGCAACAAAUUGCUUGAAGAUUGA